AUGACGAGCCAGUCUAACCCGUCCGUUACAACCUUUCAAUCGACGACAACCGCUAAUUCGACAACGCCGUUUGGGGUGUCCCCGCACCCGCAGAAAGACUACGCUGCAGCUUUUGGCACCCUGCAGUCACGAUACGGGACCAGUGGCGUCGUCCCGUCGCCCAAGAAAGAUCCGUCUAAGAAAUUACCGCAACCUGCCCAGUCGUCGACGGAGCCAGCGUCCGGAACGUCUUCACACACAUUCGUCCCUUCUUCCCCCAAGUUCACAACUUCAGAGACGUCCUCCACUGACGACGUCUCGAACCCGAAGAAGCCCAAAGGAUCGAAAUCUUUCUUAAAGGCAAUGUUCAAAGGUUCUUACCUUCUCGUUCUCGCUACUCGUCAUGACAGUCAUUCUCUGCGUUCAGGAAAGGCCAAGGAGACGUGA